AUAAACGAGGCGCCCUUCGAUAUACAGUACCAGGAAUUGCACAGAUCUGGUGAUCCUUGGCAAACGGUGCUACAAAACUCGAGCGCACCCCUGUGGCCUGUGAUCGAGCGGGAAGAGAAGUUGCUGUUGCUACGUGUGUUCUGUUCGCCCGUGUAUGCGGCGCCCUUCCUAUAUACUGAACAACAUUCAGUCUGCCUGAAACUUGAUAACGAGUACGGCGGGCUGCACGUGGAGGUCCAGCUGAGCGAGGGCGGCACGUACAUCACGGUGCGCCAGUACCGCGACGGCCACGCGCCCGCGCUGCUCGUCAACUUCACGCCCUACGACGUCACCGUCUACGAGAAGGAGAACGUCAAUGUCAAGCUUAUACCGUCCAUGAACAGUAUGCUGUACACAUGGGACAACCCCCCGGGCCCCGCGUCAUCAUAUUCGAAGGGUACAAGAAAAGGGAAACUAAACGAGCACGCCAAAAUAUCGUGGGUGUCUUUCCUGGACGGUCUGCAGCGUGUGAUCCUGUUCACGGAUGACCCCAUCCUAGCCAGCGGCGCUCACACUAUAGGCGAGGCGGAGGCCGUCGAUACAGAGUUUAUACUCUCCAUGCAGGGGAUCGGACUGUCCCUCGUCAAUGAUCCCGAACUGCUUGAGAUUGCGUAUAUCAGUAUAUCUAACUCUGGCAUUAUCUGGGAGCAGUGUAAGAUAGGAGCGCGACGUUACAAGAAGAUCGAUGGACAGAAACUAGUCCAGUUCGAAGAAGCCUACCAGAAAUAUUUAGCUGAGAAGAUGGUCAGCGAAGAGCCAAUCUCACCUAUAGUCCUAAUCGAUGAGAAACUUGAGGUGGACUUCGAGGAGAUGCGCGUGCUGCGUCCGGGCGCGCGGCUGCUGCGGCGCACGCUGCAGCCGGGGCUGUGGGCGGCGCUGGGCCUGACGCCGCACUCGCGCCGCCUGCACGCGCGCCUGCACCGCCUGCAGGUGGACCAGCAGCUGCCGCUGCCCACCUUCCCCGUCGUGCUGGCGCCCGUGCCGCCGCCGCGCUCCAUCGCCAACGACGACCCCUGCGACAUCAUCGAAGUAUCGAUAGUGGAGCGUAUAAUGGAACACAGCAAGGUCCGCCAGUACAAAUAUUACAAGGUGCUCAUCCAGGAGUUCCACGUCAAGGUCGACAUGGGUCUCAUCAAUGCACUCAUGGGAAUGUUCCCGCAACGGACUCUAAAUGAGGAGGAAGCGCGCGACGCGUUCCAACUUGAUCUAGAAAACGCUGGAGAGCCUUUAGAGGCAUUAGCUGCUAGAGGAGUCGCCUCUGAUCUCAAGAAUUUCUACGACAAUUUGCAUUUAUCGCCACUCAAGGCUCACGUUUCGUUCUCUCUUGGUGGUGCUACUCAACUGCCGACAUUUGUUGGUACCAUACUUCAGAGUAUUGGUGUUACACUGACUGACAUGAACGACGUUGUGUUCAAAUUAUCAUACUACGAAAGAAACUACGAGUUCUUAUCUCAGAAGGAGAUGAUCAGUCAAGUGCAGAGUCACUACACGGGGCAGGCGAUCAAACAGCUGUACGUGCUGGUACUGGGGUUGGAUGUCAUAGGCAACCCUUAUGGACUGGUCGUCGGGCUCAAGAAGGGCGUGGAAGACUUGUUCUAUGAGCCGUUCCAGGGCGCCAUCCAAGGUCCGGGCGAGUUCGCGGAGGGCCUGUUCCUGGGCGUGCGCUCGCUGGUGGGCCACACGGUGGGCGGCGCGGCCGGCGCCGUGUCGCGCAUCACGGGCGCCAUGGGACACGGGCUGGCCGCGCUCUCGCUAGACAAGGAUUACCAAAGACGUCGUCGCGAUAACAUUAACAAACCUCCAGCAAACUUGCAAGAAGGUCUUGCGAGAAGUGGAAAAGGACUCGUCAUGGGCGUGGUGGACGGCGUGCGCGGCGUGCUGACGCGGCCCAUCCAGGGCGCGCACGAGGGCGGCGCCGGCGGGUUCGUCAAGGGGCUCGGCCGCGGCGCCGUCGGGCUCGUCGUCAGGCCCGUCGGCGGGGUCGUUGACUUCACCAACGGAUUACUCACUUCUGUUAAGAGGGCCGCCGAUAUGUCAGAGGAAGUAACUAAGCGUCGGCCGGCGCGGUACCUACCGCCCGACAGCGGUGUCCGACCAUACUCCAGGCUCCACGCGGAAGGAUAUAAAAUGCUCUUCGAACUUGAAAAGGGCAAGUACGUGAGCACGGAUACGUACGAGGCGCACGUGUGGGUGAUCGCCGGCAAGGAGGUGGUCAUGUGCACGGACAAGAGGAUACUCUACAUCGAGAAGAAUAACGUGUUCGGCGGGUGGCAGAUCGUCUGGUCGUACCUGUGGUCGGAGCUGCCCGAGGUCCCGACGGCGGUCAACAAGGGCGUGUACAUCCCCACGGCCAAGCGCAAGGUGCUGGGCAUGUUCCCCAGCUCGGGCUCCGGCAAGGUGAUCUUCCUCUACGACGAGCAGCAGAAGAAGUACCUGUUGGCGCAGUGCCAGCGGCUCAUGCAGCGCCGUUGACAUGAGGACGUAGAAAGAAUCUCGCCCACCGAGUGGUUGGCGCAGUUCUUUCUACUUGUAUUCGAUUCUCGCACCGCCUUGCUUACUCUAGCCUACUAUAUCAACCUGCACCACCUCAACCCGAAAGGCUUUCGCUAAACUUGUACCCGAGUGUACCGGAGUGCUUCAGUGAACUUCAGUUCAGUGUAUCGAUGUUUGUGAGGACGCUUUCUUUUUAUAAUACGUUUUUACGUGAUGUGUACAUCAUAUGUCUUGCAUAUGCAGCUGUGUUGAGUACAAUUAUGGAAUUGAUUAUUAUUAUCUUAGUCGUUACGUUUUGUGUAUGUAGACAGUUUCGAUUUAUUUUACAAGUUUUUACCUAUUCAUAAUUUAAUAUAUGAUAACUUUACCCUCUUUAUAAAAUGUGUCAUUGUAAAUUACCUUAACCUAACGCGAAGCAGGAGAUUGAAUAUAAAUGUAAAGAUUGUUCAAUAGUCGAACAUCUAGUGACUUUGACCUAUUGUCGUGUAAAGUUCUGUAGCCUAGGUACUAGCUGGGUAGAUGGGGAUAACUUUAUUAGAGUACAAAUGUAAAUGAGUUGGUAAAUCAACGUCGACCAUGUAUUCAUAUAUUAUGUUAAGGUUGGUCCCGACACAUGUUCCGCGCACGCUCGUUGCGCCCGCGCAACUGUAGUGCGCGCUCGUCCUGUCCCCGCCGCCAUAUUAUAAUCAACUCGGCAUGCUCGGUAAUGUGUGUUCGCGCCUUAUCCUCUUCUUACUUUACAAUCAUUUUAAAUAUCUCUUCUUAUCUAUAGUGUAUUUAAAAAUAUCGCUACGCAUUUACCUAUUUAAGAUUAAUAUUUUGUAAGUUGUUACAAUAUUUCAGUCUUCCGUUACGUACUUAUUACAUUAAACAAUGUAUCGUUGAGUUUAUAGUAUCGUUGAAAGUAAACAGAUAUAUUAAAAGGUUAUUAAAUUGUAAAUGUUAUCAAGUCUUGUAUUUUCAAAUAUCUUGUUUGUUAGUCUUGGUAAUUUACUUCAAAUACUCGAAUAUAAUCUGUUAUGUAUUAUUUGUAGAUUAUGUAACGUUAAUCGAUAUAUUUUUUGUUAUAAGAUUAAUGUUACGAUGACAAAAUCAGUAAAGUUAGGGUUUAUUAAUAAUGUUUUGUUGUUGAAGCCUGCUCUACGAACAUAAGUUUGGAAUGUAUUUCUAUUGGAAUGAGUUUGUUGAUCCAUCGCGUUGUUAGUUGGAUGUUCGCCGCGCCGGGACCGCUGCGGCGUGCCACACCAGUGCCUUAUCUGAUCAAUGUUUAGAACGUGAUUGUUUUUCGCUUUUAUUAAAGAUUGUUUUAAGUUUUGAGUUACACUGCACGUAGUGUUAUUCGAAAACUAAGUAAGUUAUGUUAGGUUGAGGGCACAAUGUAUAUUAGCUUCGCAGUUGUGCGUCAGCCUUACCAGUGGCUUCGAGAUGUAAAUUUUUCUUAUUUUUCUUAUUAUUUUACUAUAAGUCUGUGGUGCUCCUUGCUGGGCUGAGGUUACCAUUUCUCUGCAUUUUAUCAGGUUACCGUCAGGGGCUACGGGACGUUAGUCCAGUCUAUCCCACCAAGUUUUGAGUCUGCCGCGGCUUCAAUAUCUAAUGGAGAGCUUGAGUAAUUUUACCAGUUAAUGAGAUAUGCGGCAGAAAUCAUGACAGCCCAAUUUUUUUUACUAAUUCAGAAGCUACUUAGUCCGCGUGGGCAGAUGUGCUAGAACGCAGCUUCGGGGUACCAAAGGUUUUACGCCGCGGUUCUGCGAUCUAACGUCUCGCUCGGGAAUCUUUGAUGCUAUAUUACUGACCUCAAUAAUUUGAUAUCAUGUUUAUUUGUUGAAGCGUUUAUGCACGAAUACGUUUAAUCUAAAGUUAACUUUGUUACUUUGCCUGUUGCACAAUAUAUUUAUUUCGAGAUCCGUUUUGUCUUGUUCAGGCUUGUGUGAGAACAUUUUCAAUAUAAAAUAUACACAGUA